UUCUCGUCUCUUCUCCCCCUGCCUCUGGCUCCCACAAGGCGUCAUCUGGAGAGAAGAACGAAGUGUCUGUGUGUGUGUGUGUGUGUAGUCAAUUCCAAUAGGCUCAUAUUCACUCAUUCUUUACCGAGUUCUUCUUCACUUUCUCCAAAAAAAAAUGUACGGCUUCUUCAACUCAUCGGAAAUCGACGAAGAGUACUACAACUCGACACACACCUCUGCACCAUCACCGAUUCUCGCUCUGAUAUUCACAAUUAUUUGCAUUAUCGGAGUGAUCGGAAAUGCAUCACUGCUCGUGUACAUCUUCGCCAAGAAGCUCUACCAAAACUUUAUCUCGUCUCGAUUCAUCGGACACUUGUGCUUCACCAACUUGAUCGCGUUGCUCGUAUUGGUGCCGGUGAUCAUUCAUAACGUGUUCACCGGUGUCAACUUGCUUCAGGACAGCAAUAUGUUGUGUCGGAUUCAGGUCUCCAUAACCGUCACCGUCUGGACCGUCAUCGCCAUGAUGAACCUCUGCAUCGCCGGUGUUCAUCUGCUAACGUUCGCCCGCAUCCACUACGAGCAACUUUUCGGCCUGACACCCACCAAACUAUGCAUCUUGUCGUGGAUAAUCUCCUGGCUCCUCUCUCUACCGUCUCUAACCAACGGCCACGUGGCGAUCUACGGCCCAGCGGUCCGAACUUGCGUCUUCUCACACUCGGACUCUGGCCUAAAAUUCUUGACGUACACCAUGAUCUUCGGCGUGUUCAUUCCGGCCUUAUUCUCGUCGAUCGCCUACUUUCGAAUUCUACAGACUCUAUUUCAUAGUCCAAUUGUGUUCCAGUCGCUGGGCUUGUACAAGAGCAGAUUCCUCGUGUAUUUCUUCCUUUUGGGUCCCCUCUACGCUCUGCCCUUCUACAUCCUAACCGCCUUGGACCCGUCGGAUCCCGUCCGAAUGAGUCAGGACACACUGUGGACCAUCGGAUGCACCAUGUUCGCCUUCGUACCGUGCAUCAUCGCUCCGUUGCUCUACGGAGCCAGCAUUUUCAUCAUAAAGGAGGAGGAUAUGGCUCUGACGGCGAGGACUCACACCAAAACCGGCACCGGAGCCUAUCACCACGUCGCACAUCAGCACAAUAUGCAGGCUCAGCUGAUUUGAUCUGCUUUUCCCCCGCGCUUGCCAAAAAACGCCCAUAUCUUGCCCAUUUUCUCCCCAAAAAAAAUAAUGCCAUUUCCCUUAUAAAGUCCCGGUCAUUCCAAACCACUUCCCCACAUGGAGACAGAGAAAGUCCCAUUUCGCUUUGAUCUACAAAAAAUGCGGGAGUUGAGAGACGCAGAGUUCCCAACUGAUUUCGUAUGGUUAAGAACGUGGUGCUGACGUCACAAUUUUUCUGGGCGAAAAAUUCCCGCAUUUUUUGUAGAUCAAACCGCAAUGAGACUACCUGACACCACGUACUUCCCGAUAGUCUUUUGUAUAGUGUCAUUUUUUCAAUUUUUGAAAUUUCCGCGAAUGUUGUAUUGCAAAAUAAAUCGUAUAU